GUUAUUUAAGAUAAAUGAAAAGAACACACCCAAAAGUUAAAGCAAUGGCGGAGGCAUCAGAAGAACAAAAUGAACAAUUCAAACCUAUUCUUCAAUGUAAACUUUGUCUCGAGGAUUUAGACAACCCAAAACUUCUGCCUUGUCAUCAUUCAUUCUGUCUGAAAUGUGUUGAGGGUUUAGUAGUUAAUAAUGACCCCGAGGAGCCACUACGAUGCCCUGUGUGCAGAGACGAAUGGCAAGUUCCAGCAGGGGGAUCUUCUGCUUUACGAGCCGAUUUCAAGAUAAAUACGUUAAAGGAGAUACUUGCAGCCCAACCUUGCAGCAAACCUACUAAAUGUGAACACCAUCCCGAUAAACCUUUGCAGUUAUUCUGUAAAGAGGACAGUUGUGCCAUAUGUAUAAGCUGUACUAAAGAUCAUACUGGACAUUCGUUUGUUGAACUUGAUGCAGUCGUCAAAGAGUUUGAGGAGGAAUGGAAUAAAGAAAAGGAAGAAUAUCUAAAAUUGUUAGCAGAGAGACUUAAAAAAGUAGAAGAUGACAAACUUUACUUUAAAAAUGAAAAUGAACGCCUCACAAAAGAAUUAGAGCAAGAUCACAAAAGAGUUAUUGAAGCAAUCAAUAACCUGUUUUCAUCUUUAAAGCAAAACAUUGAUGAGUACCACCAGAAAGAAUGUCAGUCAAGGGCAGCACUCGAGGAAAAUUUGCAAACAUCUAAAGCCAUGAUUGAGACCUUUACGACCCAUCUUGGAACAAUACAGGACAAUGUAGAAAAGGCCAGAUUAUGCAUCGGUUUUAAAAAACAAGGACUAUUAACCCCAGCUCAUCUACCACCAGAUCCAUACCAGUUCAGACCAUGUGAGAUAAUGCACAACCGAAUUAUAUUUGGCAGUCUGUAUCAAAGAGGUUUUGAUGAUAAUAUCACACUUAUGAGUAUGCUUCACCAUCCAAUGAGUAUGCUUUCUCUGGAGAAUGUACAAGCAGAAAUAUCCCAGAAUACCCAAAUGAGUAUUUCGGAUGAUCAAAGGGAAGAAGAUGAGUCAAUGAGAACUUCUGACCGUGGUUCCAUCAUCCAACACUCACCCGAGAAGUCUCUUCUAAUGCCUACACAGAAAUAUUUUCCAAAACCAGUUGUUAUAAAUAUGACCAAAUUGAGUACACUUAAGUGGAUUAGAGAUAUAGCUGAGGUUGAUACCUCAACACGAGUUGUUGUAAGAGAUAAUGAAGUACAAUUCUACAAUAACUCAGAGUUGACAUAUACAAAACAUGUCAGUAUGAAUCAUGUAGCUAUUACACCUGACAAAUGCCUUGCACUAACAAACAGCACGGGUUUGAUUAGCAUCUACGACAAGGAAGGUGUCCACAAACGAGACAUUAAGACACCCUUCACUUACCUGAUUGGAAUCGCAUGUAAUGACAAUGGAGAACUUGUGGUCAAUGACAGGAAGCCCGGGACUGUGGCUCACAUAGAUUACAAUACUGGGGAAGUUGUAACUAUUACCCCUGAAGGACUAUUCCCUGCAUCUUUGUCUAUUGCUGUCAAUCUGAACAAUGAUGUAGUAGUGCCUGAUUAUUCGAAGCACUGUAUUACAGUAGUAGACAGGUAUGGCAAUAAGAAAAUGGAGUAUGGCGCUGAGGGAUCUGAUGAUGGGCAGCUCAAGCAUCCACUCAGUGUGUGUACUGAUGGAAAUAACAUCAUUGUAGCUGACGCAGGGAACAACAGAGUAAGCCUCAUCUGUUCAACUGGCCAUCUCAUCAAACACCUCCUCACUGGGGAAGAUGGAUUGAUGGGCCCUGUAUGUGUGGCUAUAGGUCAUCAGGAACACCUACUGGUUGGAGAUAUAUUAGGAAACGUGUAUGAAGUAGAAUUCAAAGAGUGACAGAAUGGUUUGAUGUAAAGAAGGAUUGACAGUAAAUAAACAAACAAACAACAAGAGUCAAUCAAUUUGUCUAAUACAGACUCCUCUAAAGAUGAACAUGCUACUCUGAAUUAUAUCUACCACUUAUAUUACUCACAUUAAAUAGCUUAAGAAAAUGGAUUAAGUAUAGAAAAGUGGUAAGUCAACCAAAAUAAAUAUCACAUCUGAACCCCAUCCAUAUGUCAAUGAUAUGUAUAUAUUUUUUAUAAAAACAAUAGCUGACUUAUCUAAUCAAUAACCU